CCGGGUUACUAGGAGGCGGAGCCGUCCAGGGCGCUUUGGCCCGGAUGUCCGGGCGCGGUGGCUUAGUCGGUUAAUCCCUGAGUCUCUCCAAGUAAACCUACAAGCUGCUGAUGGCUGUCGAUAUUCAACCAGCAUGCCUUGGACUUUAUUGUGGGAAGACCCUGUUAUUUAAAAAUGGCUCAACUGAAAUAUAUGGAGAAUGUGGGGUGUGUCCAAGAGGACAGAGAACAAAUGCACAGAAAUACUGUCAGCCUUGCACAGAGUCUCCAGAACUUUAUGAUUGGCUCUAUCUUGGCUUUAUGGCUAUGCUUCCUCUUGUUUUACAUUGGUUCUUCAUUGAAUGGUACUCAGGGAAAAAGAGUUCCAGCGCCCUCUUCCAGCACAUUACUGCACUGUUUGAAUGCACCAUGGCAGCUAUCAUCACCUUACUUGUGAGCGAGCCAGUUGGUGUGCUUUAUAUCCGUUCAUGUCGAGUAUUGAUGCUUUCUGAUUGGUACACCAUGCUUUACAACCCAAGUCCGGAUUACGUUACCACAGUGCACUGUACUCAUGAAGCUGUCUACCCAUUAUACACCAUUGUAUUUAUCUAUUAUGCAUUCUGCUUGGUAUUAAUGAUGCUACUCCGACCUCUUCUGGUUAAAAAGAUUGCCUGUGGGUUAGGGAAGUCUGAUCGAUUUAAAAGUAUUUAUGCUGCACUUUACUUCUUCCCAAUUUUAACCGUGCUUCAGGCAGUUGGUGGAGGCCUUUUAUACUAUGCCUUCCCAUACAUUAUAUUAGUAUUAUCUUUGGUUACUCUGGCUGUGUACAUGUCGGCUUCUGAAAUAGAGAACUGCUAUGAUCUUCUGGUCAGAAAGAAAAGACUCAUUGUUCUCUUCAGCCACUGGCUACUCCAUGCCUAUGGGAUCAUCUCCAUUUCCAGAGUGGAUAAACUUGAGCAAGAUUUACCCCUUUUGGCAUUGGUACCCACACCAGCCCUUUUUUACUUGUUCACUGCAAAAUUUACCGAGCCUUCACGGAUACUCUCAGAAGGAGCCAAUGGACACUGAAUGUAAAAUGCCAAAAAAACCUAAGAAGUGUUCUUAAUUUU